GAACUGAGGGAGAAAGGAGCCUCUGCCCUUUGGAAUGGAGUGGGUACCAGGGAGGUCAGGCGUACUGGGAGUGUUUGUUUGCCUGGGUUUUUUUGUCCACCACAACUGAUAUGGGUGAAAUGAGAAGUGAAACUUCAGGAAGUCCUGAAAAAGCUGCUUCUUAGCCGAGCGUAAAGCCCCAGAGCUCAGUCCACCCAACCAUUUCACAAGCAGGCGAGCGAAGGGGCAGAAGCACCUGGGCCUGCGCAAGGGCCCCUGUGGGAUGAAGCCAAUGGAGAAGUUUCAGGCAGUGCUGGACUGGCAGCUCAAGCACCACAGCGCGCUGGGCUACGGCCUGGUGACCCUGCUGACGGCGGGCGGCGAGCGCGUCUUCUCCGCCGUGGUGUUCCAGUGCCCCUGCACCGCCACCUGGAACCUGCCCUACGGCCUGGUCUUCCUGCUGGUGCCGGCGCUCGUGCUCUUCCUCCUGGGCUACGUGCUGAGCGCGCGCACGUGGCGCCUGCUGACCGGCUGCUGCUGCCGCGCGCCGAGGGCCCACUCGAGGUGCUGCUCGGGGCUGCGCGGCGUCUGGGUGUGCGUGGAGCUGACCGGGAGCGCCCUGCUCGCGCCCCUCACAUGGGUGGCUGUGGCGCUGCUCGGGGGCUCCUUCUACGAGUGCGCGGCCAGCGGGAGCACGGCCAUGGCGCUGCACCUGUGCCCCAGCCCGGACUCGGGCUGCGCCGCCCAGCUGCCGCUGGUGCCCUGCCGCAAGGCCGAGCCGGCCGAAGUGCAGGACCUCCUGCUGCAGCUCAGGGCGCAGUCACAGGUGGCAGGCUGGGUCCUGAUAGCAGCUGUUAUCAUCUUUCUUCUGAUUUUUAUGUCUGUCUUCCGAUGCCUAUCUCCAGUUAGUUUUCUGCAGCUUAAAUUUUGGAAAAUCUAUUUGGAAGAGGAGCAGAAGAUCCUUAAAGGCCAAGCCACAGAGCAUGCGACUGAAUUGUCAAAAGAGAAUGUUAAAUGUUUCUUUGAGCGCUCGCAUCCAAGACAAUUGAACACCCCAAGCAUUAAAGAGUGGCAGCAAAUUUCAUCACUAUAUACUUUUAACCCAAACGACCCAUACUACAGCUUGUUGCACCAAUUUGUUAACAGAAAAGAGGACAGUGGCAGUAUCAAAUCUUCUGAAGGAGUUGCAAUGAUUCCUGCUCUUGGAUUUGUAGAUUCAUCUGGUAUAGCUAACGCUUUUCAGUUAUGACCUUGUGAAUGAAUAGAAAAAAAAGUUGUUUUGAAUUAUUGCUUCAUUUUUUUUAAAAAAACUAAACA